UGGGAGAAGAGAGGUAACCAUGUCAGUGCAAGCAACCAAUCCCAAGGACACAGAGAGUCUCCAUCUACCGCAAAAGUUCUGAGAAGAUUCCUAUUUGCAAACUGAAGACCACUUCAGCUGAAGACCACUUGAGUAGUCAUGACCAGAUCACUUGGACCUUUAAUUCUCCUUUCUGCUCUCUGCUGCUGCCUAGUGGACAAUGUGGAGCUGUUCCGCACUAAGAGAGGAACUCGUUUUUAUAGAGCACAUUGUGUGGAUAGUGAGACACGAGCAGUGCGUAGUCAAGGAGCCACUUGGCUGCGAUGGAGGGGAAGGCGUGUGGAGUACUGCCGUUGUGCAAGAGGACAAGAGCUUUGUCAUAGUGUGCCCGUCACUAACUGCUUCAUGUCUCGCUGCUAUAAUGGAGGAACCUGUAAAGAGGCUGUGUACAGUUCAGAGUACAUCUGCCAGUGUCCUGCAGGCUUCAGUGGGACCCAGUGUGAGAUCAACACCAGUGAGAAGUGUAUUGUGGGGCAGGGUGAAGGGUACCGUGGCACAUGGAGUACCAGCCAUUCAGGAGCUGAGUGUAUCAACUGGAACUCUACAAAUCUGAGAGGACGGAAGUUCACAGCUAGAAAAGCGGAUGCCAGCAGCCUUGGACUGGGCAAUCACAACUUUUGCAGGAACCCUGACAAUGACAGCAUUCCUUGGUGUUUCAUCUAUAAAGGCAUUCAGAUUGUAUGGGAUUUUUGUUCCAUACCCAAAUGUCCAGAAGACAAGUACCAACAAUGUGUUCUGGGCUCUGGGCGGUCAUACAGAGGCACAACAUCUGUCACUAAGAGUGGCUCUCGCUGUCUCCCGUGGGACUCUCCUGCUAUCAAGCACAAGUUCAACAAUGCUUGGAAAUCUGAUGCACUGGAAUUGGGGCUGGGCAGCCACAGCUUCUGCAGGAACCCAGAUGAGGAUGCAGGCCCAUGGUGUCACACCUACAAGAACAUGCAGCUGACCUGGGAGCUGUGUAACAUACCUAAAUGCUCGAGACGUCCAUCUAUCAUCACCACUCUCGGUCCUCGUGCCCCCACCGCUAACAACAAUAACAGAGCGACAUGUGGCCAGCGUUUAGAUAACUCCCUGAAUCGCCCGGCAUUCCGCAUAUAUGGAGGCAGGGAGAGUGAUAUCACAGAGCAGCCAUGGCAGGCCGCCAUUAAUGUUUACCAGGUCAGUGCCAAGCAACACUUUUACCCAUGCGGAAAAACCUGCUGGGUCCUGUCUGCUGCACACUGCUUCGAAAAGACUGAUACAGCAGGAAAACUGGAAGUGAUAUUGGGAAGAACAUUUCGGAAACAGAAUUCCAAUAGUGAGCAGAUUUUUAGGGUUGAGAAGUACUGGAUCCACGAGGAAUUUGACAAUGAAUCAUUUGACAAUGACAUUGCUCUCCUGAAGCUACAGACAGACAUUGGCAUCUGUGCUAUAAACUCUCCAGAGGUUCUUCCAGUGUGUCUGCCUGAACCUGGGCUGGUGCUGCCCAGCUGGACUGAGUGUGAAAUCUCAGGCUAUGGAAGAGACAAAGAAUUUUCUGCAGAGUACUCUGAGCGUAUUAAGAGAGGUUACGUUCGCCUUUGGCCCAAUGAGCGCUGCGUCUCAGAUGUGCUGUCUGGGCACCCAGUUACCUCCAACAUGCUGUGUGCAGGUGACACCCGCGGCCUGGAUGAUGCCUGCAAGGGAGAUUCUGGUGGCCCACUCGUCUGUCGAAACAAAGACAGCAUGACUCUAAUGGGUGUGAUUAGCUGGGGCGAUGGGUGCGGGCAGAGGGAUAAGCCUGGGGUCUACACUCGUGUCACCAAUUACAUUGACUGGAUCAAUGGAAAAAUGAAGGCAAACCCAGUCUAAAGCAAGAGACAAUGCGAAGACAAUGUUGCUUGAUGACUAUACCCAUAAACACAGUGGGUAAAGUAUUUGAAACGGUUGUUUAUCAAUGAGAGUAUGCUACAAGAAGACACAGAGAUCAACAGGGCUUAGAUUCUAUUCACAGCUUUUUUUAUGUGUUGAUCUAAACUGAUGGAGGAUCAGUCAUACAGAGAUGUACAAGAAGGACUUUUCAUCCUCAGUGUUCUCAAGUUUUCUGUUCCUUACUGUGUCACAUGUGACAGUACAUAGACAGAAACACAGUGCAAACUCUUUUUCCUCCUUCCGGGCCAGGUAGAGCUCGAUAAUAUUUUUGUCUUUUCGUGCACAUAAGUUUUCAUGUGUUUGCUCAGCACUGUUUCCACCAGACUGGAGGCUCAUGCAGUGAACUAACAGAGAAAUAUAAAAUAUAAAAUAUGAGUAUAUUGCUUUGUCUCUCUGGCUGGCUUUAUGCUGGUUUAUAGGAAGAAGUCACAGAGGCAGACUUUAUAGAUCAGUAGCACCAUUAAUCCAAAAGAGCAGUCAUGCAUCAUUUACUUUGCACAUGACAGUUAGCCACAGAGACAGUUUUGCUACUCCAAAUGACAUUUUUAAAUAUAUUUUGCAAAGAUUGUGUUACAAACCUAUCUUCUAGAUAUGAUGUUCUGUUGGCUUAAGUCAUUUUAAUGCAAAAUGCUCAGCAUUUGCUUACUUUGGGGCUUGAGAAGUUUGAGGCUUUCAAUCACACUACAAACCGACUGUAUCUGCUGGUUCAGAUUCUACUUGUUUUUGCAGUUUGCUGUUCUACUGCUUCCUGCCGCCUUGCAGAUGGGAGUGAAUUUGGACAGGUGGAAGUAGGAAGGCUCCAUUAAAAAAAACCCAUGACUUGUUCCUUAAUCACUGUUAUAGAGAAAGCACAAAAUCUCACUUGUUCUCACUAUUUUUGUGCCAGAUUUCCAGAGGACUUCUCCCUCAGACACUAGGGUUGAACCCAGCAUGUACAUAACAUUUACACUGUACUGUCGGUUUUUAUAUUGUAAAUGAGUGUGUGUGUGUGUGUGUGUGUGUGUGUGGGUGUGUGUGUGUGUGUGUGGGGGGGUUGGUGGUACAUUUAACUUGCUUAUUAACCGCGCAGCUUGACUAACUCACUUCACUUCUGUGAAAAGCUCUCAAGAGAAACUGGGUUUAGAUGUUUUGUACUAAGUUAAUAUUUAUGUGUAUUUUAUAUUAUUUGGUGAAACUUUAAUAUGUUAUGUGUGUACACUAGCUUAAUAAUUUAUUGUCAGUGUCAUUAUACCCAAUUUGGCCACAUACUCCUUU